AUGGAAGUCUCUCAACUCCAAGCCUCCGGUAUGGAAGACCAUAAGAGUCAAGACAUACAACUAAAUACUGCGAAUAGGAGAAUGAAUUCUUCUAAACAAAGGAAACAAAGAGAACCAACAAAUACGUGUCACAAUUGUGGAAAGCAAUGGCCACAUAAAGAUAGACCGUGCCCAGCGAAGGGCAAGGCGUGCAACAAAUGCAAGAAAAUCGGACAUUUUGCAAAGCAGUGUAGGUCUGGCCAGAAACAGGAUACCAAAAACUUCAACCGCACAUCCAGAACAAGGAAACCAUUGGUCAACAAUCUGGAUAAUGACAGUAGUGAUGAAGAGUACGCUUUCGGAUUGUCACUCAAUGCAACAAAAUCCUUGCCUAUCGCAGAUGUCAAAAUAAAUGGGAUUGAAGUUGGUAUGCUGGUGGAUUCUGGAGCAAGUGUUACUGUCAUGGAUGAGUCGACAUUUGAAAAAGUAAGUCGCAAGAAACCAAUCAAAUUGUCAAAAUCAAAUGCCAAAGUUCAUGCUUACGGAACAAAAGCAGCAUUACCCAUAAAAGGUAAAUUUCGAGCUGAACUAGAAUCUAAACUUAGGAUUAUCGACACUGAAAUUUUUGUGGUGAAAAGUGCAAGUGGAUGUUUACUAAGCUGCGCUGAUGCACAAAAGCUUGGACUCAUUUCGAUUACAAUAAAUGCUGUAGACCAAGAUGAAACUACGGACCAAUCCAGCAUAUUAACGAAGUUUGCUGAUCGAUUUGAGGGGAUAGGAAAGUUGAAAGACUUUCAAGUAAAACUUCACAUUGACGAAACAGUGAAGCCUGUUGCGCAACCGCAUCGAAGAAUUCCGUUUCACCGACGAAAGAAAUUAGAACUAGAGCUAAAGAAACUUGAAGAAAUGGACAUCAUAGAAAAAGUUGAUGGACCGACUCCUUGGGUGUCACCUAUUUUAGUAGCUCCCAAACCUAAAAAUCCUGACCAGGUGAGAGUUUGUAUUGACAUGAGAAGAGCUAACGAAGCUAUACUUAGAGAACGCCAUUUGAUACCUACUAUUGAUGAACUCAUCACUGAUUUGAAUGGAGCUAAAGUAUUCUCUAAACUUGACCUAAAUAAAGGCUAUCACCAACUUGAAUUAGCACCUGAAUCGAGAUACAUCACAUUUUCAUCACAUGUUGGACUGUUUCGUUACAAAAGACUGAUUUUUGGAGUCAAUUCGGCAGCUGAAGUUUUUCAGGCAGUGAUUCAACAAACUAUAGAAGGCAUACAUGGAACACGCAAUAUAAGUGAUGAUAUUAUUGUGUUUGGGAAGUCUCAGGAAGAGCACGACAAGUCGUUAAAAUCGCUCUUAACUCGACUGAGGGAACGAAAUCUUACACUCAACAAAGAUAAGUGUGAGUUCAACAAAAGAAAGCUUGAAUUCUUUGGAUUUAUUUUCUCUGAAAAUGGAAUCUCAGCUGACCCCAAGAAAGUUGAAGCUAUCAAACAUGCAGAAAACCCCAGGAAUGCAUCUGAAAUGCGCAGUUUCCUUGGCAUGGCUAACUACUGUGCGCGAUUCAUCAAGGACUUCGCCACGAUUUCACAACCUCUACGUGAAUUGACCAAAAAGAAUCAACGAUGGACUUGGGAAAAGAAACAUAAAGAGGCGAUGCAGAAUAUCAAGGAAGCAUUAACAAGUAGUGCAGUUAUAUCUUAUUUUGACCCUUCAAGGCGCACAGAAGUCAUCGUCGACGCAAGCCCUGUCGGACUUGGAGCUAUCCUUACGCAAAUUGAUGGAAAUAGCACCCGAAAAGUUAUUUCCUAUGGAAGUAAAACACUUUCUCCAGUGGAACAACGAUACUCCCAGACGGAACGUGAAGCUCUUGCAAUUGUCUGGAGUUGCGAACAUUUCCAUCUUUAUCUUCUUGGAAACACAUUUGAACUUGUGACGGAUCACAAGCCAUUGGAAUUAAUAUUUGGAAACCCAGCUUCAAAGCCGCCUGCCAGAAUUGAGAGAUGGGCGUUGAGACUACAGCCCUAUGAUUUCCGUAUUAAGUACAAACCUGGAAAGUUCAACCCAAGUGACUAUAUUUCACGUCACCCAAUUCUUCAAGAAAAUUCUGAAUCACUCUCUACUGUUGAAAGUUGCAUCAAUUUUGUAGUCCAGACAAAUAUCCCGAAAUCCAUGACUCUGGAUGAAAUUCAAAAGGCUUCUGACAACGAUAUUUUGAUACGAGACAUGCGAGAGGCAAUGAAGAGUGGAUCAUGGGCUGUUUUCAAGAAAUCAACACGACCAGACUGGCAAUCUGUCUAUAAACUGAAGGAUGAAUUAACUGUUUCGGAAACUGGGAUAGUUCUCCGAAAUGACAAACUGUUUGUUCCACGCUCACUCAGAAAACAUGUCAUAAGGUUAGCACAUGAAGGACACGAAGGUAUCGUGAAAACAAAGUCGUUGCUAAGGGAAAAAGUUAGGUUUCCUGGAAUUGAUAACCAAGUUGAGUCGACACUCAAAAGCUGUUUGCCUUGUCAAGUAACAACAGAAACAAAACAUCUAGAGCCACUGAAGAUGUCACCUUUACCAAGUGGACCGUGGACGGACCUAUCAAUGGAUUUUUGUGGACCGUUUCCCUCGGGAGAUUAUCUCAUGGUUGUUAUGGAUGAGUACUCGAGAUAUCCGAUAGUGGACAUUCUUAAAUCUACCUCUGCAAAAGCUGUUAUUCCUAAGUUAGACAAAAUUUUUGCAGAAUUUGGAAUACCAAAAAUUCUGAAGACUGACAACGGACCUCCAUUUAACGGAACGGAAUUUCGCCAGUAUUCGGAAUACCUGGGAUUUUCUCACAGGAAAAUUACUCCUUUAUGGCCUAAAGCAAAUGCAGAAUCUGAAAGAUUCAUGAGAACAAUUGAGAAAACUAUCAAAGCAGCUAAUGUGGAGCAUAAAAGUUGGAAACAAGAAAUCUUCACCUUUCUAAGGAACUACAGGGCAACACCGCAUUGUACCACAAAAACAUCUCCAUUUGAAGCACUAUUCAGCCGGAAGAUCAGAACUAAGAUGGGUGUAGACAUUCUUAAAGAAAAUAAAGGAGGAAAAUGUGAAAUCCACACCGAACUAAAGGAAAAUGACAUUAAAGCUAAGUUAAAGAUGAAACAACAUGCUGAUCACUAUUCUCGGGCAAAGGAAAUAGAUUUGGAAGUAGGGAACAAUGUUUUGGUAAAACAGCCAAAAACAACCAAACUGUCAACCCCGUAUGAACCAAACCCACUCGAAAUUUUAAAAACUAAAGGUACCAUGGUCACUGCAGGAAAUGGUGAGAAGACAAUUACAGGAAACGCAUCACAUUUCAAAAAGAUUGAAAGUAAUAAGGCAGAUCAGGACGAGGAACCAGAAAUUGACAUUGAAAUACCCGCGAAGGCAGAUAACACCGCGACUGACAUACCGAGCCGUCCCAAGAGAGUAAUCCGCACGCCCAAAAGGCUAAUGGUACACCGGCGCCUGUUAUCUUUCCCUUAG